AUGUAUCCUCAACAGUACCCAACAUCAACGGCAGCAUCAGCUCCACCUCUUCCGAACCAAUAUUCAAAUUCAAUUGGGUUCAAUUCUCCACAACAAAGUAGCAAUGUUUCAACGAGUGAAGAGCGCCUGAGAAAAUUUCAGUAUCUCGUCGAUCGAUACGAAAUCAAUCGAACGUUUGCGACAAGAUUACGUGCUUUAGAUGGCUAUGAAAUCGUGUUCAUUGUCGACGCGUCAGAAAAUGCAAAUUCCGGAUCGAUGAAUACCCCUCUAGGUGAUGCAUCGAAUCCAUACGAGCAAACUCCGAGAAGAUGGGAUGAACUCCGACAAACCGUUUCAAUCGUCGUCGACAUCGCUUCUGUUUUCGAUCCCGAUGGUGUUGAUGUAUUCUUCUUAAAUCGUGAACCUUUACGGCAUGUGAAGAGUUCCGAAGAACUCGUUCCCAUCUUCGCCAUACCACCUACGGGUCCGACUCCUAUCGUUCGAAUUCUUCGAUACGUUCUCCGAGAGAAACAACUUGAAAUUCAAGAACGAAAACUACUCAUUCUAAUCGCCACCGACGGCGUGCCAACGAAUGAACAUGGACAACAGGAUAUCAAAUCGUUUGAAUAUGCACUUCGCUAUGAUCGAAAACCCGUUCAGCGUGUCCCGGUAACGAUCAUUGCUUGUACAGACGAUAAUGAUUGUAUUGGUUAUUUGAAUGAUUGGGAUAAGAAAAUUCCAAAUCUUGAUGUUGCUGAUGAUUACAGAUCGGAAAAAAAAGAAAUUCUCAAAGCUCAAGGGAAAGACUUUCCAUUUAGUUUUGGUGAUUAUGUUGUCAAAGUUUUAAUGGGUGGUAUAGACGAGUGGUUUGAUACACUUGAUGAACAUCGAGUCAAGAGUCGUACUCCGUCAGGUCGACGUUCCACAAGCAAGACCGAUAAAUGUGCGAUUUUAUAA